CGCUGUCCGACUCUCUCCUCAUCCGUCUUCCCUUGGCUCUCUCUCUCUCCCUCUUCACCAAAGACAAAGGAGGCCCUCCAUCAGCACUCCAUCAGUCUUUCCAACGAAAUCAACUCAAGAAGAGUCCAAGAUGCCGGACACAAUUAUGUCCAAGGAACCCUCUUCCAACCUGGAGAAUGCCAUGCAGAUGCUGAUCAAAACCUUCCACAAGUACUCAGGGAAGGAGGGUGACAAGUAUACUCUGAGCCGGGGAGAGCUGAGAGAGCUGCUAACAGAGGAGCUGGGGAGUUACCUAGGGAACGCCCGGGAUGGAGAAGGGGUUGAGAAGGUGAUGAACGACCUGGACGCCAACAGCGACGGUGAGGUGGACUUCACAGAGUUCAUCAUCCUGAUGGGAGCCCUGACAGUGGCUUGCAACGACUUCUUCAUGGAAUACAAGCCCGAGAAACUUGUCCACACACCCUUUGAGAAAAAGGAGGCAACAGUGGAGAAGAAAGAGUGAAGGAAAAAAUGGGAGGAGUGGGGCGGGACUGGGAGGAGGGAAGUGAGAGAUGGAUGGAAAGGGGCAGUGAACUGUGGAGCAACAGGGAAAGGGUACAAUAUGGUCAUCUUAUGCAAAUUUCUAAACAGUGCAAAUGAAAUGUGUGAAAAGAGGCUGAGGGAACUUCACUAAGUAAAGUUUGGCUGAUGGAAGAACAGUGUGUUCCAUCUGCAACUAUCCAAAUACUUUUCAUACCAUAGUUAAGUCACAGAUUCGGAGUCAGUUACUCUGUGUCCUCUAAUGCAUGAGUGGCACCGUAUACAGUAGGGGGUCGGCAACAGGCGUCCUGUGGCAUCCGAGUGAUUUUUUUUGCCCCCCCCCCCCCCCCCCCCCCGAACUUUUUGGUGAACGAAAUAUUUUCUGGUGAUUUUAGUUUUUUACUGUAAAAUCACCAGGAAUUCAGCAAACAUGUGUUUAUUUUAGAAAACUUGUUCAAGUAUUCACACAAAGGUUGUUUUGUUUUUUUUAAAUAUGUGAUCACGUCUCAAUGUAAUCAAUGUAUGAAAUUAUUAAAAUACAAUCUCUUUUUGCGCUUAGUUGUAGUACAUUUGCAGUGUACAGAUUAUUAUAAUUAUGUUCCAGCCCUCUGAUCAUCCUCUCCAACAAAAAUCGACCCCCGGCUGAAUCUAGUUGCCUACCCCUGGUUUACAGGGUAGUAUGUGUGAGUUCAGUUGUGUUCUCUAUUCAGUCUCAAAUUCCAAAUCAACUGUUUAAAUGAUUUGGAUGCAUAUUCAGGAUGGAUUUAAUUGAAAAUAUGAAUUAUUUCAGUGGAUGUUAUUGUAACACACUACAACCAAUGGAGUAAGGUCGGGGCCUAAAGCAGAACAGGGUGAUACUCUGCGUGUCAUGAAUAUAAAGAUGAUAUCAAAGAUAACCUAUUCUAAAUAUUUAAGAUAUUUAUUAUGUACUCAGUGUUGAACAUAAUUGACAUUUCUUUGCACAUAUUUUGUAAUCUGUUUUUGGUAAUUACCAAUGUGUUCUUCCAAACAUUAAACAUGACAUUUAAUCAGCUAUGAA